ACACUUCCGGCAACAUGACUUCCUCAGGGGUUCUACUUAACGUUACCGAUAGAGAGGAAUUCUCCCAAAAGUCUUCUAAAGUGGGCCAAAUGGAUUCUAAACAGUGCUUUAUCCAUAGCCUGCACGGAGAACCAUGAGGAAAAUUGUCCAUAAGAUUCAACGUAAAGUUGAAAGUCCAAGGCGUUGAGUAACACUCGUGUUGGGUUCAACUUUUAAAACACUGAAAAGACAAAACAAUGCACUGGACAGAAAUGAGCCACGAGGAGCUGGAGAGGCAGAUGUCACCGAGCCACUGGUCCCACAGGAUGUCAGCAGACGAUGUGAUCAACGCUCAUGUAAAGACAUUAAAGGAAGGUACGGAACAAGCCGGUGCUUUGGUCCAGACACUUCUAAAUGUGUCAUACGGUGAAGGGGAUGGUGAGAAACUAGAUGUCUACAUAUGCGGCAAAACGCUUCUAGAUGUUCCUCUUGUUAUUUACCUACAUGGUGGAUACUGGCAGUUUUUCAGUAAGGAGGAGUCCGGAUUCAUGGCUGUCCCUCUAAUCAGUAGAGAUGUAGUAGUGGUUGCGGUCGACUACGACAUAGCACCCAAAGGCAACAUCGACCUGAUGGUAUGUCAGGUACGCAGGAGUGUUGUGUCUGUCAUCAAGCAGUUUCCUCAUAUCAGCGGGGUGUACAUCUGUGGACACUCUGCCGGGGCUCACCUGACUGCAAUGGUUCUAUCCACUGACUGGUCCCAAUAUGGUAUCACUCCUCAAAUCAAAGGGGCUCUCUUGGUCAGUGGCAUCUAUGACCUUCUGCCCAUCUUGUCAACUUAUGUCAAUGAGCCUCUGAAGAUGACUGAGGAGGACGCAGUGAGGAACAGUCCCAGUCUGUUGGUCCCCCAGCUUAAACUCUCCUUGUCCAGUUGCCAAAUUGUUGUGGCCUUUGCUGAGAAUGAUUCACCAGAGUUCCGUAGGCAGUCAGUGGAAUAUUACAAUAAAUUAAAAGAAUCAGAAAUAAGUGUCACCAUGGAGGAUGUGCCCAACACAGACCACUUCAAUGUCAUUGAACAGCUGGUCGAUGGAGAGUACUGCCUAACAAAGCUCCUGGUGAAGAUGAUGGGAAAGAGCUAAGGUGUCUUUCUGCCUUACUCCAUCACAUACCCUUAUCAACUUGCAUCAUUCACCCACCAACAUGCAAAGAUGAUCACUGAAAUAUAAUGUCAAGAAGGGUUGAGCUUAUAAACAAGGAUCAACAUGAAUUAAAGCAUAACUAUGAAAUAUAAAAAAAUGAGAUGUCAUUUGACCGAAAUGUAAUUAUUUCUAUUUACUGGUAACGUGGCGGAGCAUAAGAAAAGCCAGUGGCUGUUAAAGGAAGGGAAACGUACAUAAAUGUCAACUCUGCAACACACCGGAUCAUGUGGAUUAGGGGGCGCCCAAUACGUCGAUCGUGUUCUACCAGUCGAUCGCCAAGGUAGUGUGGGUUUAUCGGAAGGCAUUUAUACUGUAUAAUUUAGAUUAUUAUUUCAUUAUUAUGUAAAUCAUUUUGGAUCAGGACUGUAAAUAUGGCUUAUAUGUCAGCCUAUCAUC